AUGGCAUUCCAACUUAUAAUUCCAAUCUUUGUGACAUCGAUUUUCAUUCUUCGUCAGUCAUCCAUUUCUGCUGGCCUAGUGGCUAAGCCCGGAUGCCCGGACCGGUGUGGGAAGUUACCCAUCCCAUACCCGUUCGGAAUCGGGUCGGAUUGCUCCCUCGACCCAUCUUUCAACAUCAGCUGCAUAACCUCCACAGAUCCUCCAAAGGCAUACAUCACAAUUCUUGAUAAGGAAGUGAUCGAAAUAAACGAAACUUACGUUCGGGUCAAGUACCCAAACUUCGUGGCGUCCGCUUGCUACGGCUUGCAGGAUUAUGAGCCGCACAGUGCGGCCCUGAAUCUGUCGGGGACUCAGUACACGCUGUCGUCAGAGAACUGGCUGACUGCCAUCGGCUGCGAUGAUAUGGUGCUGGGGAUUGAGCAGCCGACCGGGUUGAGGAGCAGCUGCGCCUCGAUUUGCAGCGAGAGGAAUCACACCGGCGGCGUAGGGUAUUGCCCGGAUAAUGGUUUGUGGUCGGUGCUCGGUAACGGCUGUUGCCGUGCCUCCGUUGUCGAAGGCAGCAGUUUUCUAAGAGCAGAGUUAACUGACCUAAGUGGAUCAUUGGCACGUGGUAGGGCUUUCCCGUGCAGCUACGCCUUUAUCCAGGAGAUUCGAACAGGAAGUGGAAAUCACUCUGUAUUUUCGUACAACUUGGAUUUUCUACAGAAUAACUCAAAGGCAUUCUCGAAUGAGUUUAUGGAGACGACGAUGGCGCCGGUGGUGCUGCUCAAUUGGCGGAUUGGGAAUAAGAAUUGCAGUCAGCAAGUGCCCGAUGAUCCAAGUUAUGCAUGUAGAGAUAGAAGCAUUUGUGUUGAUACAUAUGAUAUUGGAUACUAUUGCAGUUGCUUUCAAGGAUACAAGGGCAAUGCCUACCUCCCCGGAGGAUGCCAAGCAUAUUCCAUACCAGUUGCUAAACCUGGAUGCUUGGAUCAAUGUGGGAAUUUAUCGAUCCCAUAUCCAUUCGGAAUUGGCUCAAAUUGCUACAUGGAUCCAUCUUUCGAGAUCAGCUGCAAUGCCUCCACCAAUCCCCCCAAAGCAUACCUCUCCGCUCUCAACGCAGAAAUCUACAACCUAAACCUUACCCAAAUUAGGGUUUACUACCCCAAAUUUGCCUUCGCCUGCUACAAUUCGUCGGAGAGCCGAAGCUUGAUCAUUGAUUUGUCAGCAACUCAGUUUACGCUGUCGACGCAGAACGUGCUCACCGCCCUUGGUUGCGACGACAUGGCAGUGGCCUACGGAAAAUCCAACAACACAAGUUUUGAAAGUGGCAGCUGCGCCGCCUUGUGCACCGACGCUGAUUCCAGCGGUUACGGUUCCUGCGCAGAAUACUUUACGCUUUAUCCAGGGUAUGAGAGUUAUAUGCCCGGCACUGGCUGUUGCCAAACCCCCAUUUCUAGAGGCAUAGCUUACCUGGAAGCAAACUUGACAGACUUAAGUGGGAAAUGGCGUAGGAAGCUAUUCCCUUGUAGCUACGCUUUCAUCACAGAGAAGACUUCAUCUUCUAGUAGUUACCCCUUCAAUUUUCUUGCUGACUCUACCACAUCUUUAACAUUCAUACGUGAUUCCUACUACUAUAUUGAGCCGAUGUUGACGUUAGAUUGGAGGAUUGGGAAAGAGAAAUGCAAUGUAGCACAAACAAAGGCUACUAGUUUUGGUUGUAAGGGCAAUACUAGUUGUGUUGAUUUUGAUGAAAAUGUUGGAGGCUACCUCUGCAACUGCAUGGAAGGGUAUCAGGGCAAUCCUUACCUUGGACAGGGAUGCCUAGAUAUUGAUGAAUGUGGUGAUGAUACAACAAAUCCAUGCAAUUCAAAUUCAAUUUGCAUCAAUGCUCCUGGUUCUGUCAGCUGUUUGUGUCCAAGUGGAUUUUAUGGUGAUGGAAGGAAAGAUGGCAUUGGCUGUAUUAAGGUCACACAAUCCAAUUCCAAGACCAUAAUCUUGACAGGUAUGGGAUCUGCAUUAGGGUUUCUAGUAUUUCUACUUAUGUUCCUUGGGCUGUAUAAGAUACUGAAAAAGAGAAAGGAAAAAAUGGUUAAAGAGAUGUUCUUUAAACGAAACGGUGGUCUUCUCCUACAACAACAAACUAAUGACGGUGCACUCGGAAAAACAAAAGUUUUCCCCUCACAAGAGUUGGAGAUUGCUACUGAUUACUUUAAUGAAAGUCGGAUUCUUGGACGCGGAGGGCAAGGCACUGUCUACAAAGGAAUGUUGUCUGACGGCAACAUUGUGGCAGUGAAGAAAUCAAAGUUGGUCGAGGAGAAUCAACUGGAAGAGUUCAUAAAUGAGGUGGUGAUACUGUCACAGAUCAAUCACAGGAAUGUGGUCAAAUUGCUCGGAUGUUGUUUAGAGACUGAGGUUCCUCUGCUUGUCUACGAAUUCAUGCCAAAUGGGACUCUUUUUGAGCUGAUUCACAAUCCAAAUAAUGAAUUUCCAAUCUCAUGGGGCAUGCGUUUGAAGUUCGCAGCGGAUAUAGCAGGGGCAUUGGCCUACUUACAUUAUGCAUCUUCCGUGCCUAUAUAUCAUCGAGAUAUCAAGUCUAGUAACAUCCUUCUUGAUGAAAAACAUGUUGUCAAAGUGUCAGAUUUCGGAACUUCAAGGUCGGUUAAUGUAGAUCAGACGCAUUUGACUACUCUGGUUAAAGGGACGUUCGGAUAUCUAGAUCCAGAGUAUUUUCAAUCGAGCCAGUUCACAGAAAAAAGUGAUGUCUAUAGUUUUGGGGUAGUUAUCGUCGAGCUUCUAACAGGACAAAGGGCGAUAUCUAUGGGGAAAACAAACGACGACAGAAGCCUAGCGACACGGUUCCUUACAUGCAUGGAAGAAAACUGCCUUCACAAAAUUUUAGAUCCUCAAGUUUCGGAGCAAGGUAGAAUGGAAGAGGUGGUUUUAGUUGCGAGGCUUGCACAAAGGUGUUUGAAUCUGCAGGGGAAAAUGAGACCAACAAUGAAAGAAGUUUCAACAGAAUUGGAAAGUUUUAGAAUAUCUCACAUGUCUUGUUCAACUUUGAAAGAAGAAUUUGAGGAAGAGACAAAUAUUGAAGUUAAGCCCAUAACACUUUCAGAUAUUGAAUACUCAUGGACAGCCAGUUACAAGAGUCCCUCUGCUUCGUCCUCAGACGCACAUCCCUUAAUGUGA